AAUUUUUGUCAGGAGAUGUUUUGGAUUGGGCAUAAUUGGCUUGAAGGGGGUGGGAAUUUCCACCGAAAGGCUGACGACAGCUUCCCGGAAAACUGGACCGCGUGGACGAGGGGCUAUAAGAGCCGGCGCGGCAGCACGUUUCAGCCAAAAUCAUCUUGCUCACUCACUGAGACAUAAGCACUUAAGACUGAGCUACUUCUGCAAAUACAUCGCUUAAAAUGGAACUUUUCUGUGGAUUACUUCAGAGCAGACCAUCCAAGAUGUCCAGCUCGUGGAUCAGCUUGGCUUUUAUUUUCUCAAUGCUUUGCGUGCAAGUUCAGUGCUGGUCUUACUUCUACUCCAACACCACCAUGGACUGGGAGCAAGCCCGAGCGUGGUGCCAGGAGCACUACACCGACAUGGUGGCCAUCCAAAACCAGGAGGAGAUCGGCCAUCUCAACACGUGGCUGCCCAAAAAGGCCACCUACUACUGGAUCGGGAUCCGUAAAAUCAACGGCACCUGGACGUGGGUUGGCACCAACAAGUCUCUCACGACGGAGGCCACCAAUUGGGCGAAGGGGGAGCCCAACAACGGCAUGAACGGCAAGAUCCUUGGCGACAGUGAGGAUUGUGUGGAGAUGUACAUCAAGAGGAGCUCGCAGCCCGGGAAAUGGAACGACGAGAGGUGCAAGAAGAUGAAGACGGCUCUGUGCUACACAGCUGCUUGCCAAAAAGACUCAUGCGUCUACGGAGAAUGCGUGGAAACCAUAAACAGUCACAGGUGCCAGUGCUUCGAAGGCUUCUAUGGAGACAAGUGUCAGCAUGCGGUUCAGUGCAACAAAAGCGAGCUGACCCUCCCUCCCAAAGGCAGCGUUGUCUGCACUGACAAGUAUGGCAACUUCACCUUUGAUUCAUUGUGCCAGUACUCUUGCGAAGAAGGAUACAAGCUCAGCAAGCCGGAGCCCUUAAGGUGCACUGCCACCAAAAACUGGUCACAUCCACCACCCACAUGUGAAGCCGUCCAGUGCCCCGCUCUUCUCCACUUAACCAACGGCACAGUCAGCUGUGGAGACGAUCCGGAUACGAAGUUCAGCUACGGCAACAGCUGCACCUUCAGUUGCGACCUCGGCUAUCGGAUGGAGGGGCCGAGAAGUGUAACUUGCACGUCGGCCGCACGGUGGAGCGAGAUGCCACGUUGUGAAGCAAUCACAUGCCCCGCCCCGGAAGCUCCCAAAAGAGGCCACAUGAACUGCACCCCAUCCCUAAUCCCGUCCCCGAACCCCUUUCCUCACGAUACAAUCUGCACAUUCAGCUGCCAGGAAGGCUUCGAGCUCCAAGGUGCGCUCAGCAUGGCGUGCACGCACUUCGGCGAGUGGAACGUCGCACCUCCAACAUGCAAAGAAUCCACGUCUGACUUGGGUGCCAUUACGGCCGGCGCGACGAUAGGUGGCGCUCUUUCCUUGUCUGCUCUGUCUCUGGUGAUGUGGAUCAUGCGACGGAUGAGGAGGAAAGCAAACAACUUUGAGCUGAGCAGCAACUCCGACAUUGAAGACCCUCCUCAGGUGUACAAAAACAGCAUUGACAGCCUCAUCUUACCCACUCUCUUAUCAGAGUGGAUCAUAAUUGAGUUGCCAUCAAUCAUCACUUGGAUUCACUCUGUGUGGAAACAUCCAGGUAUUGUGCUGAGAUCCCAUAAGUGCUUAACAUGGACCGCAGCUCAACACAGUCAACUACCGCCGUCUCGUUUUCAUUGGAAUGACAGCAACUUGAACAUUUGGAAAAUCUUUUCUUCUCGUAUACAUGCUUCCAUCGUCGCAGGUUGUCUGAAAAUGAAGUGGAUGCUGAUACUGCUCCUUGGGGGGUCCCUAAUAGGGGUCAACUUGUGCUGGAUGUAUCACUAUUCCAACACCACCAUGACGUGGACGCAGGCCCGAGAGUGGUGCCAAACGUACUACACUGACAUGGUGGUCAUCCAGAGCCAGGACGAGAAUGCCGCCCUGGUUUCCUUCUUGCCGAACAAGAACCACAGUCCGUACUACUGGUUGGGCAUCACCAGAAUUCACAAGAACGGAAAUUGGAUCUGGAUCGGGAAUAACAGCACGUGGGUCGGCAAGGAGUCGUGGGCGGAGAACGAGCCCAACAACAACCAGAGCUGGCCCGUUUGCGUGGAGCUCUAUGUUAACGCCGGAGCCAACCGAGGGAAAUGGAAUGACGAGAAGUGUAGAUAUAUGAAAUAUCCAGUCUGCUAUCAAGCUCAAUGCAACGCGACGAUAUGUGGAAGAGGAAGGUGCCAGGAGGCUGUCAAUAACGUCACCUGUCUGUUUGAGCCUGGCUCUGAAGAAGACACAUGUCAAACAGCCUCCGUGCCCCCAGAUGUGCAAUGCCCCCCUCCGUUUCACCCCAACGGAUACCUUCGCUGUGCAGAAGGAAACCACACGGCCAACUCCACAUGUCAGUUCACAUGUCACCCCGGCUUUCUGAGGAUCGGCUCGGGGCAGGUCACCUGCGGGUCGUCGGGUUUUUGGCACGGCCCUCGGCCUGUCUGUGCAAGCUAUAAAUUCCUGUUGGUUGUAGCGGGCUGCGGAGCCCUUACAUUUUGCUGCAGCUGCUGCAUGUGUGUUAGCUGGUUGAAAAAAAGGAAAAGAAAGAAGCCAGGCCACGUAAGGUUGACCGAAAAAGAGGCAAGACUUUCCAGUCAAUUAGAGGAAUAAACAUCAACCUGUGUUCAGAUCCCGCAGUCAAGCAUCUACAGUAUUAGGCACCUGCAUUAUAUUACUUCAUUUAUGUUACAGUCAUUAUAGUGUUCACUUGUUUAAUCCAGCACAGGCAGAAAAUUGUAAUCCCUGUAGGAUUCCUAACAUUUUGUUCAAAACCAUUUUGGUGGAUAUUCAUUUUCCGCGGCACUCGGCGCUUGAGUUGU